AUGAUAAAUAAUUACGAGAAUGAUCAAGAACAAGAUGACAUUGAAUGGGUAUCAGGUUCUUCAAUGACACGAAUGCGUUGGACAAAUAAUUCAUUUGAUGAUGUCUCAACCGCUUACGUUAUUCCAUUGAGACAAAUUCAUUACAACAGUGCCAUGUCGCAUUGCACCCAUUCAACAAGACGAGGAGACAUGGCAUUAUUGGUACAUGCCCCAAAACGCGAAAUUUCAAUUUGUUUGAAUAAUAUGAGAAAUGAGAUAUCUAUUAGUAUGAAAGAAAUUGAAAGUUUCCGUUUGGGUAGAGAUUUUUCAAUAGUUAUAAAAUUAAAAUUUAAUUUUGUUCGAACGUAUUAUUUUCAUUCAAAAGGAUUCCCUUAUAGGGAUAAACCAACACGAACGAAUAAAGACCCAACGAAUGGAAGGCUCAAUACUUUAAGAUGCUUUAAUCUUAAACCUGAAACACAUAUCGGAACGGCCGAAAUAACUAGAUUGGAUGAAUUAUUUAAAAAUCUAUUAUUUCCACAAAUGAGUCAAUUAAAUCAAAAUUUCCCUCCCCAGAAAUAUUACAAUUCUGUUUAUCAGAAUGAUGGGAUAAAAAUGAAAGAGAUGUACAUUACAUGUAUUAUCCCUACUCAAAAGCGAGCGGUCGUUUAUUCUUCCGAUGGAAUUUUAAGUCAUUUCAAAUUUCAUGUUAGGCAAAGAUUUGGUUGGAAAUGGGAACGAAUGUGGUAUAAAAGUGAUAUGGGAGGUUGGUAUAAAUUGGAAGAAGAAAGUGAUUGGAAAAAUUUGAAGCGACAAGCUCAAGAUAAGGGAUUACCAAGAACUGAAAUAUAUUUUAGGUAA